UUCCUGCAUAUGACUUUCCCCGGGAAGAUCAUUUGGCGCGACUGUAUUGUUGUUGUUGACCUGCCAUCGUCCCCUCUUUGCACGGCUUGAAGUGGGCAGCCAAUAAAGACUUAAACUAGAAGUUAUGUCUCCAGUUUCAAACCCAGAGAAAGACGUGGACGCUGCGGGAAGUGAUGAUGGCGGCGAUGGCUGCAGCCUGGCCAAAUCUCGCUCCAGGCGAGAGAAGAGGGAGAAGGUCGGCAGGAAGUCCGCUUUGGAGCAACUAAAGAAAGCCAAGAUGGGAGAGAAGAUCAAAUACAAGGUGGAGGAGUUUAGUCAUGUGUACGAGGAGGUGGAUGAGGAGCAGUACUCCAAGUUGGUACAAGAAAGGCAGGAAGACGACUGGAUUAUCGACGAUGAUGGUACGGGAUAUGUGGAGGACGGACGAGAAAUUUUCGAUGACGAUUUGGACGACGACGUGGUGGAAAAACGGGGAAAAGGGGGCGCAAAGGGAGCGGAGUCCAAGAAAACUGUGAAGAAAGCUGCAGUAACCAAACCCAACACCAUAAAGAGCCUUUUCAUGAACAGUAAUGUGAAAAAGCCUGCUGAGAAAGAUAUUGAUUUAUCCAAAGACGACCUGUUAGGAGAUAUUCUGCAGGACCUGCACUCUGAGAAACCAGCGGUUCUGGCUCCUCCCCCAGUGAUCACGCUGAAGAAGAAGAAGUCUUUGGGUUCACCCAUGAACCCCUUCUCCAUCAGACAUCAGAUGCCUAAGGAGUCUCCGAUGACGGGGUUAAAGGCUAAAACCGUCCGUCCUCCACCUGCAGAGCUCAGACCGCCGGCCUGCCCGUCUCCCCCUCUGGAAAAAAGCAGUGAAAAGGUGGAAAAACCAAAAGAAGAAGAAGAAGAGAACGACUCACUGGCAUUAGACGAGGUGGAUUUUGAUGAACCGAUGGAGACGGAGCCUGAGAUCAAAGAGGAGACAGAAGCUGAAGCAGCACCCUCAGUGCCUAAAGUUGAGCCAAAGAAGGAGCCCCUGAGUCCAGCCCCCCUUCCCUCCAGAGUUGGGGGUCAUUGGGGUCAAGAGGAGGAGACUGGAGCGAGUGACGUCCCCGCAGAAGUGCAUGUGGACUCCAGCCAGCUGCCGUUGGUGGAGGGUGAGGACGGAGAGCCGGCCUUUCGCUUUUAUUGGCUGGACGCCUUUGAAGACCCUUACAACCAACCGGGUGUGGUCUACCUGUUUGGGAAAGUGUGGAUUCAGUCGGCAAAGUCUCACGUGAGCUGCUGCGUCACCGUCAAGAACAUCGAGCGGACAAUUUACCUUCUACCUCGUGAAUACAAAACCAACCCCAAAACCGGCGAAGUGUCUGGCGAGCCUGUAGGAAUGAUGGACGUUUACCAAGAAUUCAGCGAGCUCUCUGAGAAAUUUAAGGUCAUGAAGUUCAAAUCAAAGAAAGUGGAGAAGAACUACGCUUUUGAAAUUCCUGAUGUUCCCAAUCAGUGCGAAUACCUGCAGAUCCAAUACUCUGCCGAGUUUCCAGCUCUGCCGCCCGACCUGAAGGGGGCGACCUUCUCCCACAUUUUUGGAACGAACACCUCCAGUCUGGAGCACUUUCUCCUCAGCAGGAAAAUUAAAGGCCCCUGCUGGUUGGAUAUCAAGACACCACAGAUGAUGCACCAGCCGGUCAGCUGGUGUAAGGUGGAGGUCCUGGCUCUGAGGGGCGACACCAUUUCUUUAGUCAAAGACCUGCCACCUCCGCCGCUCACGGUCAUGUCCAUCAGCCUCAAGACUGUGCAGAACCCAAAGACGCACCACAACGAGAUUGUGUCCCUCGCUGCCCUCCUUCACUACGGCUUCCACAUGGACAAAGCUCCUCCUCAGACUCCGUAUCAGAACUAUUUCUGUGUGAUCAGUAAACCAGCAGACUGCAUUUUCCCGUACGACUUCAAAGAGGCUCUAAGGAAGAAGAACGGGAAGGUGGAGAUCGCUUCCACGGAGCGGACUCUACUCGGCUUCUUUUUGGCCAAAAUGCACAAGAUCGACCCCGAUGUGCUGGUGGGUCACGACAUCUUUGGUUUUGAUCUGGAAGUUCUCCUGCAGAGGAUCAAUGUGUGCAAAGUUCCCCACUGGUCUAAAAUAGGGCGUCUCAGAAGAGCCAACAUGCCCAAAUUAGGGGGUCGAGGUCUCUUCGCGGAGAAGAAUGCAACCUGCGGCCGUCUGGUGUGUGAUGUGGAGAUCUCCGCCAAAGAGCUGAUUCGCUGCAAAAGUUACCACCUGACUGAGCUGGCCGCUCAGGUGCUGAAGGUGGAGAGAGUCACCGUCCCCCAGGAGGAGGUCAAGAAUCUGUACAGCGACUCUCCUCACCUGCUGUACCUGCUGGAGUUGACGUGGACCGACGCCAAGCUGAUCCUCCAGAUUAUGUGCGAGCUCAAUGUGCUUCCUCUCGCCCUGCAGAUCACCAACAUCGCCGGAAAUGUCCUGUCUCGCACGCUGAUGGGUGGCCGUUCAGAGAGGAACGAAUACCUGCUGCUUCAUGCAUUCCACGACAAGAACUACAUUGUCCCCGACAAACCGUCCUUUAAAAAAGCACAGCUGGAGAUGGGUGAUGGAGAGGAGGAUGUGGAUGCAGGAAAAGGGAAAAGGAAGAAGAAGGCAGCAUAUUCUGGAGGUCUGGUUCUGGACCCCAAAGUGGGUUUCUACGAUCAGUUUGUGCUCCUUCUAGACUUCAACAGCUUGUAUCCCUCCAUCAUCCAGGAGUUUAACAUCUGCUUCACCACCGUGCAGAGGGAGGCUCAGAACUCCCGCAGGAAGAGGGAGGAAGAUGAAUCAGAAGAAAUUCCAGAGAUUCCAGAUCCCGGCCUGGAAAUGGGAAUUCUCCCUAAAGAAAUCAGGAAACUGGUUGAACGGCGUAAACAGGUCAAACAGCUGAUGAAGCAGCAGGACAUCAACCCGGAUCUGUACAUGCAGUAUGACAUCCGUCAGAAGGCCCUGAAGUUGACGGCCAACAGCAUGUACGGCUGCCUGGGAUUCAGCUUUAGCCGCUUCUAUGCAAAGCCGCUGGCUGCUCUGGUGACGCACAAAGGCAGAGAGAUCCUGAUGCACACCAAAGACAUGGUUCAGAAGAUGAACCUGGAAGUCAUUUAUGGAGAUACUGACUCCAUCAUGAUCAACACCAACAGCAAGUCGCUAGAAGAAGUUUUCAAACUUGGAAAUAAGGUGAAGGCAGAAGUGAACAAGCUGUACAAACUCUUGGAGAUCGACAUCGACGGGGUGUUUAAGUCACUUCUGCUGCUCAAGAAGAAGAAAUAUGCAGCACUGGUGGUGGAGCACCAUGGCGAUGGACGGUACAGCGUGAAGCAAGAACUCAAAGGCUUGGACAUUGUCCGCAGAGAUUGGUGCGACCUGGCCAAGGAAUGUGGCAAUUAUGUGAUUGGUCAGAUCUUGUCCGACCAGAGUCGUGACAUUAUUGUGGAGAACAUCCAGAAGCACCUGGUGGAAGUGGGAGAGCGGGUCGCCAAUGGAGACAUACCCCUGAACCUGUAUGAAAUACACAAGGCCUUGACAAAGGAUCCUCAAGACUACCCAGACAAGAAAAGCCUUCCUCAUGUCCACGUUGCUCUAUGGAUCAACUCUCAGGGCGGACGAAGAGUCAAAGCCGGAGAUACGAUCUCUUACCUCAUCUGCAAGGAUGGUUCCACGCUAGCAGCCAGUCAGAGGGCUUAUGCUCUGGAGCAGCUGCAGAAACAAGAGGGUCUCAGUGUGGACACGCAGUACUACCUGGCCCAGCAGAUCCACCCGGUGGUGUCCCGCAUCUGUGAGCCCAUUGAGGGCAUCGACGGCGUGCUCAUAGCAACGUGGCUGGGUCUGGACCCGAGUCAUUUCCGAUCCCACCAGCAGCAUCAGAGGGAGGAGGAGGCGGACGGCAUGCUGGGAGCUCCCGUCCAGCUGACAGACGAGGAGCGCUACAGAGACUGUGAGAGGUUUACCUUCACCUGCCCUUCAUGUGGCACCGACAACAUCUAUGACAACGUCUUCGAGGGAGCUGGUAAUAAGGUGGAGCCCGGUUUGAUGCGGUGCUGUCAUAUUCCCUGUCAGAGUCGCCCCAUCGACCACCCGGUUCACAUCAGCAACAAACUCCUACUGGACAUCCGGCGCCACAUUAAGAAAUACUACUCAGGCUGGUUGGUGUGUGAGGACCAAGCCUGCCAGAACAGGACCAGGCGUUUGCCCAUCGCCUUUUCCCGCCACGGCCCCAUCUGCCCCGCCUGCUCCAGAGCAACACUCAGGCCUGAGUACUCCGAGAAGGCCCUGUACAACCAGCUCUGCUUCUACAGAUUCAUCUUUGACUGGGAGCACGCCUUUUCCAAAGUGCUGACUCAGGAGGAGAGACUGCUGGUGAACCAGAUGAAAAUGCAGAAGGAGGUGUAUCGGAAGCUGAAGGAGGUGCCAGAAAAGGCCUUGGCGGCCAGCGGGUACUCAGAGGUCAACCUGGCCAAACUUUUCCAAGCAUUCUCCUCCCUCAAGUAAAAACUAGUCCCCACACAGUCUGCUGCAUAUGUCUUUAGUUUAUAUAUACAUGAACAGCUCAAUUGCUUGGAGGCUUUGUCCUCAUUGGGCUUGUUAUUGGCUAUAAAAAUGCCCAUCACUCCCUCCCUGAGUCCAGUUUCCUCACAUACGCCGGCACACACACUCAUAGCUUGACCCCAUCACCCUUACUCUGUAUGGUAAGGGGAGAGGCAAUCAUACCUAAAUGACAGUCUAUUGUAUGUGCAGAGGCUAGCUGUGCCCAGAUAUAUAUAUGUGUGUGUGUGAGGGAGAGGGUGUAAAAAUGACUUGUCCUCAGAGCGGCCGCGUACUCCAAAAGCAGCUAAUUAGCCAAUGAUAGUGACCCCGGCCACUGAGACCGCUGGAUGCCUGCAGCGGUCGGACACUUGUUCUGAUUACCACCAUUCAUCCCGCGCGCGAGUGUGACGAGUGUGUGUCAGAUCAGCAGAGGAAGGGAAAGAGCGAGGAGGGCGCAGGGAGUGGCGGGGUGAGGAAGGCCACACGCGCUGCCGCUUUGCUCUUUUGUCCCGGUAUCGAACAGCUGAUCCGCUUCCCCUCCACUGCCUCUGUUUAACCGUCUCUCUUUUCCCCUCAUCCUUCCAGACAAACUGUGUUUUAAAGUGUCUUUUGUCAUAAAAAUGAUCGUAUUUCAUGUGUUUUCAUGUUGAUGCUAAUAAUUUUGUUACAGAAAUUUGAAUAAAGAUUUAGAUUUGAUGUC